UACUCUCGUUUCCUAUCCGCCAUUACCAAGUGUGAUGUGUGAUCCAUGGAGUGAAUGUUUAUAAAGCUUGAUUUUUAUAGACAAAUCCCUUUAGUGUGGGUUGGAAUCAAUCCAAGUGUUGUGUUGACAAUGGAUAUAUGAUGUCACAGCAUACACAGCUAUCCCAGACUAAUGGGGCAAGCCUUGAAGACUGCCACACCAACUUUUUCACGCUAACGGAUCUGGUUGGUAUCAACUGGCGAGUGUACACGUGGGAGAGCAGCGCAGGCAGCGGCUCUCACCCCGCCUUCAACAAUGUCUCGGACACCAUCGAGGAUCCCGUGCUGUCGUCCUACGCGCGCUGCCUCUCCGCUGACGUCCUCUGCGUGUGGCGACGGUCCUGGCGUAGGCCUCCGCCCGUCAUCGAUCCUCUCCUUGAUGGAGGACCUGCCAUGCCCUCCACCUCCUGCAACAAUACCAACAAUUCCCCCGACACUCCUUCCAAGAACCAGACCAACCUCAAACACUCCUCCAAACAACUCUGGAUCUUCUGGUACGGAGAAGAGCCCGACCUCUCGAAGCUGGUGGCGCCUGAGCUCACCAAGAGCGAUGGCACCAAAGGCUCUUGGGAUUGGGAUACUGGACUAUCGUACGAGUGUCGCACCAUCCUCUUUAAGGCUCUUCAUAAUCUUAUAGAAAGAUGUUUAUUACGGGAGGACUUCGUGCGGUUGGGCAAGUGGUUCGUGCAGCCGUACGAAGCAGUGGACUGCAGCAGUACCUGCAAAAGCACGCACCUAUCAUUCAGCCUAUCGUUCUUCGUGCACGGCGAGAGCCACGUGUGUGCCAGCGUAGACGUGCGGCAGCAGCCUCCCGUGCGUCGACUACGCGCUGCUCACCUCGCCAUGGCUGCUGCUGCUGCUGCUGCCUCCGCUCACCGCCCUCCUGCUCCACCGUCGGCUGCUGGUCCCUCUCCUGCAGCCGCCCCUAAUAACCCUCCUGCUGGGCUCCCUGUGGUGCUGGCGCCGUACAGUCUUAGCGGGAUCCUGACGGGAGUUUCGUAUCGCGUCACUGACCCCGGAAUCCAAAAAAUCCUCGACGACUGGAAGCAAUUUUUCCCGCUGUCGAGCCGCCGGCGACACCGGCACCGCACACGGACGAGCAGCGGCAGCAGCAGCGACGGCGACGAUAACGUUGGAGAUAACACGUCUGAGGGACUCUCGUCGUCAGCGUCCAGAGACGAGUGGUCUUACGUCUCGUCUGAUGAAGACGACCUCCCGCCCGUUGUUGAAGUCCUCGUCGGUGGCUUCAGGCUAAAGUAUCCUAGCUUUUACGUGCUCGUGACGGACUUGGAUGAUGUGAACCUCCCUAAAACUACUGACGGCACCGAAGGCUCCCCUAACCAGCUGCCAGGUGACCCCACCUACGACAACAUUGGGUGCCCGCCUGUACCUUUGAAGCCUCGCGUCUCCCCCCGCCACACACAUUCACCUUUUACCGCUUCCACGCAUCCGCUGAUGGUCGCUAACUUCGUACAACCUGAAACUCGGGCGUCCGUGUCUCGCGGCCUUGGCGAGCGGGUGUGGCAGGAUGUGGUCCAGUGCCAUCAGACGAGUUCGUCUUCAGGCGCAUCGAGUUCUCAUGAGGGAUUGUCCUCUGAGGGCUGCUCCCUCACUCCUGCAGAGCUGGCUGGCCGUUGGGACUUCGCUGACCCCGCCACAAAGCUCCCAUGCACUUGUUCCAAAUUUGUGUCGAACAGAUGUGUGGGCAGCAGUGGCAGUUCAACGAGCAGCAGCAGUAGCAGCAGUACCCUAUAUAAAGGAGGUUGUGGCGUUACGACGCCUGGCAGUGUACCCAGCUUACGGACGGGAGGAGGUGGUGGCGGUGGUGGUGGUGGAGUCUUAACAGACGGACCUCCUGCAUCCGUUGAAAGUCAGGCCUCCAUCACACCAUCUCCUCUGCCCACCCCCCACUCCCACCCUCCGUCGGUCACCCCUCACCACGACGCGUCUAUGCCCACACUGAGCCCGCAGCCUCCUCCGUCUAACGCGUCUCUUGGAGGGGGAGACCCCGCCACGCCCCUCGACCCCAGCAGCCUGGACACCAAACCUUGCCUCGCUGAUCUCCUGGCUGCAACCGCUCCUGCCUCCGUCAAGAUGGCUUCUGCUGCCCAGGUUUCAUCACCGUACCGAGGUCCCGGUCAAGAUUCAAACAACACACAUGAGUCACAUUUCACCAGUGGCCAGCAACUGGCGAUGCGUGGCCUAAAGCGUCAUAUCAUGCCAUCCUCUGAUUAUCAAGACGCGUGCAAUUCAGAGAGCCACACAUCCUCUCUUUAUGAUUGCUCGAAACUUGACGCCUGGUACUGCCAUCCCGUCAAACGAUUCCGCACUGCCGAAAACAAAGUCGAGGAGCCUCUUUGGCCACCUUACAGACCGCCUCAUCACGCAGCUCCUCCUUCUCCUAUCAAACAGGAGCAUGGUGUCUUCGAAAACACGGACUCUAAUGCCACUGGUAUCGCAACGGGUCAUUGCUCGCCAUCACCAUGUCUUCAGCACAACGGACUCGCCCAGUCCUGUAAGAGACCAACCUCUGAAAGCUCCUCUCCCAGCAGACUACCUACACUUAAACGUCCUCUCACGGGUCAUGAUCCUUACGUUUUUGAUGAUGAACCCGCUGCCACCAAUGGUCUACCUGAUGGCUUUAAACGCGAGAUCGACAUCAAGGAAGAACCUAAGGAUGAUAUGUCACCCAACUCUCCUGCCAUCAAAAAAUCGGACCUGUACACGAGCGAAGGGUUGCACCCGUCCCCGUCCGAUCUAGAGAAGAUCUUUGCCAAUGAUUCUCCUCUUGAUGAUAACCAUUACCGCGAUCACACACCGCCUGGCUCGAAUCACUCCAUUGGAAACAUCGACGAUAUGCCGCAGUCUAACAGCUGCAGCGGCGUGGGCAAUAUAGUGGCAAACCUAGGCAAGAGUAAUUGCAGUGUAUCCGCAUCGACAGCUGCAGGAUCCGUUAGUCUUGGGGAGCUCACUAAAAUGUAUCCAACGCCACCGUCAUUGGAACACAAUAACUUUGAUCAUGACGCUGCUUGCGACGAUCAAGAGCCUACGGAUGAUUUUAGCCUUACGCACACUCCAGAGUUGUUGCCUCAUGUGUUGAAGGAGGACAUCAAAGGUUCGAACAUAUUUAGACCUCUCCCGUUAUCUAUGUUUGUGGGGUCGGAACGUUACAAGCCUUUGACGGACCUUCCCAGCAUGCGCGAUCCCGUGCAGAUAUUGCCUGGCUCUGUAUAUAGACCUUCCUGGCCUCAAAACAGUAACAAUAAUAAUAAUACUAAUGUCAAUAAUAAUUCUAGUACUAGUAAUAAUUUAGUGGAGAAGUUACAGCGACCGCCGUCUCAGCUUCCUCCUCAACUCGGUACUCCUAAUAAACUAGGCGCCAUGUCCCCCGCGAUGGAUAGAGGCCCUGGCAGCGUAGGAGGACCUUCUUCAGUGGGGCCUAGCCUAGGCUACGAGUUAGCCUCCCCAGCCUCCAAUCAAUCGUACCUGAGCAAAGCGGUAGCGUCCGUGGAGCCGAGCACCUUGAGUCAAACCCCUGAGGCAAGCGCCCUUAUUGUUAAUAUGGUUUUGAUGGACUCGUCUCUUAAUCUAUUCCGUGAUCACAACUUCGACUCGUGCCCAAUGUGUGUGUGUAAUAACGAUCACAAGGUCGUGGGUAACGUACGUGGUAGUGAUGGUGCACUGUACCUUCCAUCGUCUUAUCUCAGUCCUUCUGAAGAGGCAAUCGAGUGCAACUGCGGCUUCUCUGCCGUUGUUAAUAGAAGACUUGCAUUCCAGUCCGGUUUAUUUUAUGAAGACGAAGUGGACUUGACAGGUCUUCACGAUGGCCUUCUUACUGAAAGAAGAAAAUCCUCGUUAUCCAAUCUCGUUGAGAAAAGUAAUAAAAAUAAUGAUAAUGUUGAACGAGAUACUAGUUUAUUAGACCAUAUGCCGGAGAGUUUAUUUCAGCUGGUGCAGCACCAGUGCGUGGACACGCUGGGUAGCAGUAGUAGUGUGGUACAAAGAGCGGCUGCUGUAUACAGAUCAACUAGGCCUGUGCUCAAAAUUAAUCUCGUUGAUAUCAAAGACGGCAAUGAUUUGGCUCAGUUGGCUCUCGAGCAAGCACGUUUAGAUGAGAGUCCUCUCACCUUGAGACUAUCCUGCAUGCACAAAUGGGCUUAUUAUCAGUAUGACGGACCUGCUUGCUCACAAGAUCUUGCCCGUUGUAUGACGGCACUUCAACCCCACCUGCAAGAGGCCAUACAGAAAAAGUCUCGACCAUGGGAACCUGUGUUCAAUGUUCGCGGGCCGCUCACAUGGCGUCACUUUCUUCGUAUGGCUUUUCGAGGUACUGAAGACAUGGCUGAGCCUCUCCCUGUACCUAUGUUGCUGGCAGGGCAUGAUAGAGACUGGGUCUCUGUUGCGCCACAAGCAAUCAAACACUGGGAACGACUAAUGCUUGAGCCUUACUGUCAACAACGCGCUAUCGCAUACGUCGUCGUAUCUCCUGACAACGAAUUCGUCCUCAACCAUGUCCGCACUUUCUUCAAAGAGCUCUCGUCUGUUUAUCAAAUGUGCCGUCUGGGCCGACAUGCGCCCAUCCAACGCGUCUUGGUAGACGGCAUCAUGCGAGUCAGCAAGACUGCCGCAGCAAAAGUCGCCAACGAGUCUCUUGAUGACUGGUUCACACUUCUCGACGAUUCUCAAAUAUCAACUAAACUCAAAUUCUAUUCUCAGGUGUGCCGUCACUUUCUGGCGCCACAUUUAUCAGGAUUACGUAUGGACAAGACGUUGUUCGAGGUGGGUAAGAGUAGAAGUGGUAACAGCACCAACAGCGGCGAUCAAAUGCAGCGUCAGGCGUCCAUGUCACCCAUGCCGCCUCCCUCCCUCGGCCCUGACGGCUCAACUGGUGGCGUUGAUAUGCCAGGACAGACGCAAACUGACGGAUAUGCCGUGUCUGCAGGCAGUUCGUUCGGGUCGGGAUGCAGUCUUGUGGACUCAGAGGAAGAUGAAGGGCCGCCUCCUGCAAUCAUGAUUUACCUGGUGGAUCCUUUUAGCGUUGGUCACGACCAUCCUGAAAUGCAUCGUCUCAUCACUCUGGGCCUGCUUCGCUGCUAUAAACAAAUGCUUGACUUCCUCCCACAACACAUGCAAGCCAAUGUCCAUGUUCAGAUCAUAUCCCUGGAGAGCAUCGUCGAGCUGGCGGCUGACACGCACAACAUCUCCCGUCAGUCUGACCAGCUCAAGUGCCUGGCGUUCUCCGUGUUCACGCAGUGCCGAAGAUUCUUAACUCAUACCAAUAGCGUCCGUUCCCUCACUGGCUUUGGUCCUGCUUCCGUUUACGAUAAUUUCCUUAAACCUAGAGAUCCGAAUGAAGAGGAGGAAGUGAGAGCUCCGUACCCGGUGUGUUCGCCUCCUUAUAUUCUGGCGUCAGUCAAAGAAAAUAACCACAAAGAAGCUGAAGAGGCGUUAGGAGCGCCUAGAGAGAAGUCCACGGUACUGCACUGCACCUAUUGCUUGUCAGAAGACCAACACUGGCUGCUUGCUGCUGCCACUGACAACCACGGCGAGAUGCUCGACACCAUAACAAUCAAUAUAGAAGUACCAAACAGGACACGAAGAAAGAAAGCAUCAUCUCGAAGACCUGGUCUGAAGAAGCUCAUGGAGUGGAUUCUUGGUGUGAUGUCGACUGGCGUCCACCCGUGGCGGCUGGUUGUAGGCAAACUCGGCCGCAUGGGUCACGGUGAACUCAAAGGCUGGCUACACCUGCUCUCACGCAAAUCCCUCAUGGCGUCAUCUAAGAAUCUACGUGACCUGUGUAAACAAUGUGACUAUCUUUUCCCUGGUGCUGCUCCGUGCAUCUUGUCUGCUUGCCUAGUAUCACUUGAACCUGACUCCACGUUUCGUAUGAUGCCAGACGUCUUCACGCCCGAUGAACGAUUUGGGCACACAAGCCAAAACUGCAACUUGAACACUCCGCAAGACGUUACUUGCACCCAUAUUCUAGUCUUCCCUACCUCAGCUACUGCCCAGUCGGCGCAGAGAUUUCAGGACGAAUAUCCCUUCCAAUUCGUCAACGAGGAUUCUUUACUGUUGGAUGACCACAUGGAUGGCAUGGGUGGUCUCAACUACAUAGAUAUCGUGAACAUGGAGAGCUCCGGAAACGAGCCUGAUCCUUUGGACGACGUGGCCAUCGGCGUUCCCGAAAGUCUUUCUCAGUCUUCGAGCCCUAACAAUGCAGGAUUUGGAGGCGGCGACAGUAGAGGUCGUUGCGUGAGCCCUUCUCAGCAAAACGGACAGGCUCUAAGUAACGGUCAAGUUCUUGCUGAUCCUGACGAGGAUGAAAUGGCCACUCUUUUACAACAGCCCCUGGCGUUAGGCUACUACGUUAGCACGGCGGGAACCGGCAAAUUACCUCAAUGGUUCUGGUCUGCGUGUCCGCAUCUCGAGAAUGUUUGUCCUGUUUUCCUGAAAUCUGCCCUGCAUUUGAAUCAACCUGCCGUGACGCAAGCUGAAGCCGAAGAUGUCUUACCCAACACAUCGAAUAAAGCACACCCUUUGGACUCGGCUUGUACUGCGGACGUCCUACGAUAUGUAUUGGAAGGCUACAACGGUCUCUCUUGGCUAGCUCUUGAUCCCACAACCCAAGACAGAAGAUCUUGUCUACCAUUGCACAUGCAGGCGCUCUCCAAUCUUUAUAAUUCAGUGGCUGCUCUUGUUUAGUCCGACAGGAGAGUACCGUAUCGUCAUUUUGAGCAUGGACUAGGCUCUCUUUUGGUGAAAAAUGUGUCGACCUAGUCUCCGCCCUACAACUGGAAUGAAUUGGAUGAGCAUUUGAUUAGUGCAGAAAUUCGUGGUCUUGAGAGAGUACACACAAUAAACUAAUGCCAAGGAGUUCGUGCAACGCUGCGUUGCCUUACCGCUGUAGUGUCAAGUCAUUGCAUAGAUCUCUCUUCUCAAACAAUUGUGACUGGUAAUGAUCGUUCAGAAUGACUAUAGUAAUAAUUGCAUAUCAUUUAAAAUCAUUCUAGUUUAUUUAGACGGUUCGAAGACACUGCUAUUGAGUCUUCCUACUUGUCAUGUUCUCAAAAAUUGUGUUUAGUUAUUGAUUUUAAACGUGCGAGAAUUUUAAUGUAUGAACGCGCAUUUAGGAAAAAAUUAAAUUAAAAUAAGAAUGUGAGAGAAAUUUUAAAAUUUGAAUCUGUGAUUCGUCGCAAGUAGUAUUUUACAGGAUCUCGUUGAUAGUUCAUGUUUUGGAUGUCGGUAUUCGACUGGCGUGGCCAUGCUGCUUUAGCCAUCGUGAUCGCAGGUCUUCCUCCUGAGCGCUGCUGUACCUUCCACCCUUUCGUCACCCAUAAAGGACAAAGGAACUCGGCAUUCUCUACAGUCGUGGUCGAUGUUAGCGCCUGCCUCCGUUUAAAGAGUGCUUCAGCUCUCCCCAUGCAGCACUUGGUGUACGUCUUUGUGAGGUUUUGUUUGCGUUGCGUUGUUUGGUGGCGGCACACAGCGUCAAACUCCAUUGCCAAAGAAAACUUAGCUAAGAUUUCAUAUCUUGAGCGAUCAUCUCGUCGCUCCACCCUCUGCCUAACCUAAUGUUGGUUUUCUUACUUAAGAGGAGGCUUAGUUGUAAGUUUAGUUCUCCUGCUUCAGCUUUAACACUAUGGCCAACAUGGCUUUACUACGAAGUGCUGCAUCAGCAUCUUUCUGGUAAUGCGCAUACCAGUCCCUACAUGCAUCAUCUCGCGUGUCAUAUCUCAAUUUCAUGACCAUCUGGGCAGCUACAAUGUUACCACUAAAAUGAUUCCAGUACAAUUCUAUUGAGCCACACGAAAAAUGUUGUGCUUAAAUUAGUUUCACUUUUGCGUUCAGACGGUCUUGUCUUUUUUCUAACAAUAUUUUAAUUAAUUCUUUAAAUUUGUAUCUCGUGAAAUACUUGUUCUCGUAUGUGCCGCGAAAUACGAAUAAAAAUUGUCAGGAUUCUCGUUUCUUUAACGCAUCAGUUAUCUAGCUAACUUUGCACGUCUUAUUAACGCUUACCCUUAGAAGAGAAACCUGUGAAUUUGUUGCUGGUCUCGUGAAGCGGAUUGGACGAGUGGUGAUGUAGGGGCGUUGGUAUGCACUUAGUCAGUGUUAGUGUCUUAGUCAUGCAGGAUUGUCUGUGAUAAAAAGUUGAUUAUGAAGACUGCAUGUAAAUAUUAUGGAAUAUUUAUGCCUUUGUUACGUAUAUAAUAAAUUUCUAUGAACGGGAGUAUUUUGAGGCGUUGAAGUGACGCGUGCGAUUGCGACGUGUGUGUAUAUACGGUAGCCAGCAGAAGCGUCUCCUGCUGAGCCCCUUACAAAUGUACAGAGUUCUCUUAGCUAGAUCCUCAAGUGCUAUAGUAUCCAUGACUGCUGUAUUAUUGCCCUUGGUUCCUCUCAUAUUAUUAUCAUUAAUAUUAUGUUAUUUGAUGUUGCUAGCAGAUCCGUUGUCGCCUCGUGGCUCCAUGAGUAGUCGCUACGUGUACAGAUUCUUUACUAUUAGUGCUUCUGAGGAGAGCAAAACUCUAUUCACCUGCCAAUACUAGAAAUUCAUUCUUGUAUUUUCGAACUAACUUUAGUAUUAGAGCCUAAUUAUUAAGACAAACAAAAUAGAUAGUUUACAUACUGAAGCAAAAAGUAUUUUACAACUGAAACGUUUGUACAACGUCUGUAUUUUGUCAAAGUGUCCGCUUGUGGCGGUGGUGCCGUGUCUACUUACGUCGUCACUUCAUUGUUAGCGUUGACAUCUCGCCACGGUCGUCUGGCGACGGUGAAUGUGAUGCACUUGUCAUGGGCUUGCAGAUCGCAUUUCAUUAAAAAUGAGACUCAGAGUAAUGAUUUGGUUGCGAGUAUCGGUGAGAUAACUUCCGUUCUUUAUUAUCUGGUUAAACGUUUUUGUCCAGCAUUGGUUGACCCUUGACCGUGAACACCAAAUUGCCCUCAGUUACGCACUCUUGAGCUGCAGCGGAUUCUCUAGUUGCAUUUGUGGUUUGUUCACAAUGGCGAUUAAACAUGUCUUGUCAACUUUAAACAAACUUGUACCUCAAUAGCCUUUAAACUCAGUCAGAGUCACGUUAGCUCUUCAUAUUUGGUGAACUAGGUUAUCGUCUCAUUUCAUAAACCAAUUUAUCGCAGAUAGUCAUAUUUUUUUCAGAAAUUCUAAUCAUACGACUACUUCCCAUCAAACGAACUCUUCUUAUGUGUUACGACCGAUAGUGAUACAGUCUUUUGUUCAUACGAACAUUAUUUUAUUUUAAUAAUUCUAAUUUUAUUGUUUGCGAUUUAGCGCCUGUAAAUUCUUGUAUAGCUAGUGUAGCCUAUUUUUUGGAAAGGUACCUUACUCUUCAAAGAAUAUUCGUAUUUAUAUUUUUCUAUAAAUUUUACUUGCUGAACUGUUCCCAAUCAUUAGAUGGUCUUUGGUCACAUUCGUUCUUAGAGUUCCAGUACAGUUCCUGAGGUCACUCCUCAUGAGCUGCACUGUCGAACUUAUUAUUUAUUCGGUAUUUCCCUACGCCAUUGGGUUCAGAUGAUAUCUCAAGAAACGUAGAGCACAACUUAUUAGCAUAUUUAUUUGACUAGAUUUUACGAAUUAGUUCAAUUUUCAUUACUCCUUCUAGCCAUGUUUUAUUUAUUACAGAUGUACGUACGAGUAAUGCACGCUUGUUUUUCACAUUCCAACCUUUGAUGUUUCCUUAUUGCUGCGUUGGCGAUACAUUCUUGGAAGCUCUGAAGUUCUGUAAUGAAAAAGUUGGAGAAGCAUAAAAAAAAUCCAGAGGUUGCAACCUAAAUUUGAAUGAAGCAAACCUGAAACUUGUUCUAUUAGUUUUUGUUGUGUUUUGGUAGAAAGCCAAGCUUAAGACUUUCAUUCAUCUUUGAUGGAACACAUGAAUUUAAAUUGUACAACUAAAUUUGGUAGUGUCACUAGUAAAUUCUCUGGUCGAUCUGCGCGUGUAACUUGGUUUACUUUUUAAUGAUUCUAAUUGUUGUUGAAUUUUAACAUGACAUUUGAAUAUUUUCAUUUAUUGAACUCCUUGAUGAGAAAUUUUAAUAACAAUAUAAUUUGAGAUUGCGAGCGUAACGCAACUAUGGGAUGACUUUUCACUGCUGAGUGAGGCUGAUCGUGUAGUGCUUACCUACGAGUUACAGCAGGCUUGGUGUCACGUUGGUUGACGCGGUCAAGCUUCUUGUUUUCAACUUAGGAUGACAAGUGUUUCUGUUAAAACUUGCUACAUGUUGUCAUAACUAUUCAUACGAAUUACAAUUUAUGUGUAAAAAUUGACUCGACUCUUUCUCCUCUUAAGGGACCCUUAAAUUAUGAACGCAGUUUAUCGUGGCAACAGAUGAUGCAGAGAAAAUUCUGCACAAGUUUGGGAAGCGCAUAGUAAACCUCGCGCAAGUUUCUCAGGAUUCCCAAUCGAAUUCAGGAACAAAAAGUUUAAUUCCUUA